AUGGUACACAUCAACAGAGUCGCUACCAACAAGGAGAUUGAGUCCAUCAGGUCUCAGUACGAGAACAUUGACACCAUCCCUCUUACUGAGGAGGAAGAGCAUGAUGACUUCACAGCCACGGUCUAUGGCAGCAAGUAUGCUGGUGAGGAUCUGCCCCGCCAUGAGAUGCCUGAGCGAGAGAUGCCGGCUGCUGUUGCACACCGAAUGAUCAAGGACGACCUCACGCUCGACGGGACACCGACCCUCAACUUGGCAUCGUUCGUCACCACAUACAUGGAGAAGGAGGUCGAGGAGCUCAUGGUUGACGCCUUCUCCAAGAACUUCAUCGACUAUGAAGAAUACCCCGUCAGCGCUGAUAUCCAGAACCGAUGCGUGUCUAUGAUCGCUCGGCUGUUCAAUGCCCCAUCUCAUGAUGAGGCGAACACAAUCGGCACCUCGACUAUCGGUUCCUCGGAAGCCAUUAUGCUGGCAGUGCUCGCCAUGAAGAAGCUCUGGCAGAAGAAGCGCAAGGCCGAGGGCAAGUCGACCGAGAACCCCAACAUGAUCAUGAACUCGGCCGUGCAGGUCUGCUGGGAGAAAGCCUGCAGGUACUUUGAUGUUGAGGAGAAGUACGUCUACUGCACCAAGGACCGCUACGUGAUCGACCCUCAGGAGGCUGUGGAUCUGGUGGACGAGAACACCAUUGGUAUCUGUACUAUCCUGGGCACAACUUACACCGGGGAGUACGAGGAUACAAAAGCCAUCAACGACCUCCUCAUCGAGCGUAACAUUGAUGUCAACAUUCACGUCGAUGCUGCGUCGGGUGGUUUCGUCGCUCCAUUUGUCAAACCUGAUCUUCUGUGGGACUUCCGUCUCGAGAAGGUCACAUCAAUCAACGUAUCUGGCCACAAGUAUGGUCUCGUAUACCCCGGCGUUGGAUGGGUCGUGUGGCGCGACCCACAGUACCUUCCCAAGGAAUUAAUUUUCAACAUUAACUACCUUGGCGCCGACCAGGCGUCCUUCACACUCAACUUCUCGCGCGGAGCAUCGCAGAUCAUCGGGCAAUACUACCAGUUGAUCCGCCUUGGAAAGCGAGGCUACAGGAGGAUUAUGCUGAACUUGACACGUAUCUCUGACUACCUUGCUGCGAACCUCGAGAACCUUGGCUUCAUCGUCAUCAGCCAGAGGAAGGGCGAGGGUCUGCCGCUGGUCGCUGUCCGUCUCGACGAGGAUCUCGGCAAGCAUUACGACGAGUUCGCCGUUGCUCACCAGCUCCGCGAGCGCGGCUGGGUCGUCCCCGCGUACACCAUGGCGCCGCACUCUGAGAAGAUGAAGCUGAUGCGCAUCGUUGUGCGCGAGGACUUUACAAAGUCGCGGUGCGAUGCAUUGAUUGCCGACUUCAAGCUUGCUCUGCAGACACUCGACCAGCUGGACGCAAAGAAGAUCGAGGAGCACAAGGAGCACCAAUUCGCCCUGCGCCGCCGUACGACGCUUCAUCAGCCCGAGGCCAAGAAGAGCACGAAAGACAUGUAUGGAGAUGAGGAUCACAGUCUGCAGGGUCAGCACGAGAAGACUCAUGCUGUGUGCUGA